GGCCGAGCAGUAAGACACAAUAGGCGGUGGGCAGAAACCGAUGCACAGGGAGUUCCACCUGAACACGAGGAAGAACAGAUUGUCCAGAGAGGGUGUGGAGUUUCCCUCACUGGAGAUAUUCAGGAACAGGCUCUGUCUUCUGGAAGGCUGUCAGGAGCAGUUAAACUAACAAAUGGAAGAAAUCGGUUUGGCUUAAGGAAAGAAUGCCAAUCUGAUGCAGAAUUCUAUUCCACUGAAUCUGACAAUCAGGUUGAUACUAUUCAGAAUGGACUUGACCAUUGUGCAACUUUACUGAAGAAUAUCUUAAAAAAGGAAGCUACAGGAAGGGAGACUGUCAAUAAACAACCUGGGAAAACAGCUACCUGUAAAUUUACUUCCAAGCCUUUUCUAACCAAAGGAAAUACCUCCAAGAAGAAAGGGUUGAAAAGAGUCAAUACUCCUGCCCCUGUCCAAAAAGAAAUUGUGCCAAUAUUAAAUAGAAAAAUUGCCUCAUCUACCACACUUCCUACUGAGAAGGAACUUUCCAGUGCAGCAGAGAAUCAGAUGGUUCAAUCAAUUCAUGUGCCUUGCAAUGAACACUCUCCUGGGGUGUAUCAGAAACUGUAUGAGCAUGUGCAAACCCAGAUGUCUCUGAUAACUGGCCAGCCCACACAGAAGAGUAAUGAAAUUCCGCCUACCUCCACAUCAGCACGGUCCCUGCAGCAUUCAGCUAAUCCUUUAUCCACUCAUUCUGGUGGUCCUGUAGAGAGUGCCAAUGAAUGUGUUCCGGAGAUGGGAGGACCUGCGGUUUGCCCAGUGGUUGCUGCUGCUGCUGCACAAAUACAGUCUGGAACUGCUCCACCUGGUGUGAUCCCUUGUACAGCACCUGGAGCAUCAACCCCUUCAGUGCCUGCUUUGAUCCCAACAUCCUCUGCCAGAGAGAUGGCCCCAAGCCAAGAGCAGCAGAUGAAAGAAGCAGAUGUGAUGUGGUGCAUACAAGCCCUGUUACAAUCCAAUGAAAUCCUGAAUGGCAGGACUGAACAGAGGGGCCAUCACCACUGUCCAGCAAAACAUGAUGGCUCAUGUGACACAGAGGAGGAUACUUCUGAAGAGCACAGUGAGGACAUGGUCAGUGAAGAAGAUGAAUUGACUGUACUUGACGUGUCUCCAGUGAAAGAUACAAGCUGUAAGACAAGUUAUGUGAGGAAAGUUCUAAAAUCUAGAAAGGAAAGUCCAGAAGAAACAGCCCAUAAAGUUAGGACUAUAAAGCAUCUUAUGGGUGAGCUCAGAGCGCUGGUAAUAGAUCAAGGUGACUCAGAAAUGCUGAGGUUGAUGAGUGAAAUAGAAGACUCUGUAUCAUUGCUGCCAGCUGUAGUGGGAAGUACAAAUAUCCAGGCUGAAAUAGCUCUGGCUUUGCAGCCUCUGCGGAGUGAAAAUGCCCAGCUGCGCAGGAGACUAAGAAUACUAAACCAGCAACUUAGGGAACAAGAAAGCAGUGAGAAGACAUCUGGACAGAGCUGCAGCUAUGAAUUGGUCUCUUUGCAGUCCUUGAAUAUAAUGCUCCAGAGUCAAUUAAAAGAAUCGCAGAAAGGCCUUGAUUCACUGCAGGCUAAAAAUGAGGAACUACUGAAAAUAAUAGAAAGUCAGAAAGAAGAAAAUAAACAUCUUGGAAAAGGUAUUCAAGAUAAAGAAGAAGAAUUGCUAGAAAACAAACAGCAUUAUGACAUUCAUUCCACCAAGCUAAAGAUUGAAGUGGAAGAGGCAUUAGGAACUGUGAAGAGCCUUCAGUUUAAGCUGGAAGCUUCAGAGAAAGAAAAUAAGAUUUUGGGCAUAACAUUACGUCAGCGUGAUGCAGAAGUUAAGAGAUUGAGGGAAUUAACCAGAACUUUGCAGGGCAGCAUGGCCAAGCUUCUUUCUGACCUCACAGGGGACAAUGUCAGACCCAAACCUGAAAAAGCUCUCUCAAAGUCUCUUUUGGAAGACCAUGAAAAGCAGAUGCAACCUGAGCUGUUCCCUGGGAGUACUUCAGUAAUGACUUACCUUAAAACAUUGGAAAUGGAUCAUAUUUUGAUAGAUACAGAUCUUCAAUUCCCAAAUAAAAUUGGAGAAGUAGAAAUGCAAAAUCUGUCCUAUGAAAAGUUUGCUGCUGAAGGAAGUAAAAUUAACAGUACAUUCACAGAAGAACGAACUUCAGCUCCCAAAGGACCACCAGCUCCAUUGAAGCAAGAUGCAGAAACAGGGAGUGAUUCUGGAACUUUACUAGAUGAUCAAACCAAGUUGGAUGAGACAAUUUAUAUUCCACUAACUAGCAGUGCCUCUAAAAAACAGCAGUCAGUCUCUGGAAGAAGCAGUGUGCUACCCCAGAGCAGAGGGGCUUGUCAGAGGCUGGAUUACCACUGUGAGUUUCCAAGCUCUGUGCAGCAGUAUGGAUGUGAGGAUCCAGCUCUACUGAAUAAAUUAAAUGCUGGAUACAGUGUGAAAAACAGUGUGGAAAACACGCUUGAAGUUACGGGGGAUAAAGCAAAGCCAGAAGGAGACAAAGUCCAAGUGAGACCAAGAAGCAUUCCAAGUGGGGCUGCAAAAGAUUUCAUGGAUAAACCAGACCAGCCUCAGCCUGGUCCAUACCCUCGUGCAUCGAUGCCAUUUCCAACAGGGAUUUCUCAAAAAACAGGCAGUAAAGCAGCUGAUUUUAGUUGCAUUUCAUUUGAUGAUUUCUCAGGGAGGUCUGACUGGAGUGCAUCUUCUUUCUCAACAUUUACUUCUCGAGAUGAAGAAGACUUUAAAAAUAGCUUAGCAGCCUUGGAUGCCAACAUAGCCAGGUUACAAAGGACUCUGCAGAGUAACAUUAGGAAACAAUGAGUAUGAGAAAGCAAAAUGGGCUAUAGCUAUUUGGAUGAUUUUUUUCUGAAGUAUAUUAAGUAUGGUACUGAUAUGUAUAUUUGUAUACAACUUGUAUUAACAACUUGUUCCUAGCUGUUUCAAUUAUGGAUAGAAUUUGUUUCUCAUUAGGCUGUGGUGCUGCUCCCCUUGAUGUGUACAACUUGAAAUAACUGGCUUUUUAUAUAAAAUAGAAAUGGCUUUUUUAAUUAGGACUUUGUUUUAUACUCUUUACUUGCAAAAUUAAAUGUACUUGUUUACUUGUGGGUUUUUUUCCUUCCCCAAAGAACUAUUGUAAGGUGCUGUACAUGAGCAAGAGGUUCCACAGGUAGAGGCCAAGGAGGAGCUAGUUACAGAGCAGUUCUGCAGGAAUACUAAGAGUUACAGUUGUUAAGUCAGGAUCAUUCUAUUCCAAAAACAAAGGCAACCAUCAAUAUGGGAUUUUUAGUGUUUGAUAUGUCCUAUGAAAUAUAUGAAGCAAUCUUUUUUUACUCA